AUGUAUUGGAAAAGCGCCUACCAGAAAGCCGAAUCAGAGCGCUUGAAGCUAGCCGAUGAGCUGGAACGGUUGAGAGAAGAGAGAGACCCCUUUUUACCUGCUGAAGAUGUCCAGCCUCCAAAACGACAGUCUACCGCUGGCAAACGCAAACGAGAUGCUGUGACGAUCCCGGCGAGAAAGGCCAAACCAGCAACCAGACAGCACAGGGAACUUGAAAUUGACGAUAGUGACUUGGGAAUCGAAAGUCUCAAUAUACCGCUCACAGAUCGUCAAUCAUUCCUUCGCGGCGUCAGAUCCCUCCGUCACAGCCUGCGUCUAACCGAUCCCUGUCAGGAGGUUCUCGUAGAUGCAAUCAAGGCGCUCGCGAUUUCCGUCUCAAGGAUACUCCAGAAGCAACCGAGCGCAACGCGAAAGAAUAACGCCAAGCUGGAAGAUCCAUCGAUGCAAGAUCUUUCUGCGGUCUUCAGGAAUGUCUACCCAUCAAUUCUGGAGGGCCUAGAAUCCAUCCAGCUACAGAUGGGUGAGGAAGGUGAAGAAAACUACCCUGCUCUCUCACACCUGACCAAGGUGUUUCAAGCCUUCUUCGGACGGCUCCACGAGCUCGCUUUGAAUGAAUAUGCUAGACAAAAGCAACGCGUCAAAUCGAAGAGACGGAAACCUGCCCCUACGCAUGAGACUUCCAGCCGUGGAUAUUUGUCAAUGAGCGAACAAACCGUCGCCGAGACCAAAGAGAUAGUUCGGACGCUGGCGUACAUGAUAACAGCGCUUGACGUUUCCAGCGAUUUUCACUGUGAACUCUUAGAAGGCUACAUGUGUACAAUCUUAGACCAUGUUGGUUCAAUAUUGUCACUUCUGGUAUUUGCAGACUCGACGCGGACAAGGAACAAACAGACCGGUCUGCUUGCACCACGCGGUUUGAUGGACGCUGCGCAUCUUGAUACCGCGUCCGCGACAGGUGCAGCUACAAUUGAAGGACCAUACCUCAUCUGGAUUUUGCGCAAGGGAAUGGAAUUCUUGCUGGCAAACACCAAAAAUAUGUCUGAAAAGUCCCAGCUCAUUUUUGCAUUGCAGGGGUCCGACUCAAAAGAUGUCGCCCAUGGCAAAGGUCUUCGGCGACGAAUUGAGGAAACACUCCAGAAUACGCUUCUUCGAGGAGUGUUUGGAGAUGGUGACGAUACAUUCUGCAAUUCUCUGAGACGAGACGAGGAAAGGGAGGGGGAAGGAGAAUGGACGCAAGUGAUGGAGGCGAUCGGGGAGAAGGAACGGUCUCCCGAGUGGUUUAUUGGAGAGGUUUGGGAGCAUCUAGGCUGGGAUAUCUUAUCUGGGAGGACGGAUGUUUGA